GAAUGGGAUGUUACAGAAACUGAAGAACACUAUAAGAGCCGGUGGAGAUCUAUUAGGGUUCUAUAUCUUACUAUGUUUCUCAGCAGUGUAGGGUUUUCUAUUGUGAUAAUGUCAAUAUGGCCAUACCUCCACAAGAUUGAUCAGACCGCUGACGCAAGUUUUUUGGGCUGGGUUAUUGCUUCAUUUAGUCUUGGCCAAAUGGUAGCUUCACCUUUAUUUGGUUUAUGGUCUAAUUAUAGGCCAAGAAGAGAACCUCUUAUUGUUUCCAUCUUUAUUUCGGUGGCAGCCAAUUGCCUGUAUGCAUAUGUCCAUGUCCCAGCUGCCCACAAUAAAUACUACAUGUUGAUGGCUCGGGCACUGAUGGGUUUCGGAGCAGGGAAUGUAGCAGUUGUCAGAUCAUAUAUUGCUGGUGCUACUUCUCUUGAGGAGAGAACGGGGUCCAUGGCAAAUACAAGUACAUGUCAAGCACUAGGCUUCAUUCUAGGGCCAGUUUUUCAGACCUGUUUUGUACUCAUUGGAGAAAAGGGUGUGACAUGGGAUACGAUUAAGCUGCAGAUAAACAUGUAUACAGCACCGGUUUUACUUGGUGCCUUCCUGGGAAUUUUAAAUAUUAUUCUGAUUAUUACUAUUUUAAGAGAACAUCGUGUGAAUGACUCAGGACAACAGUGUAAAAAUACUAAUUUUGAGGAAGCAAGUACAGAUGAACCUCACAUUCUCCAAAGAAAUAUUGAUCAAGUUGCAGUUGUGGCCACUAAUGUCCUGUUUUUUGUGGUUCUAUUUAUUUUUGCCCUUUUUGAAACGAUACUGACUCCUUUGACCAUGGAUAUGUACGGCUGGACCCAGGAGCAGGCUGUGCUGUAUGGUGGAAUAAUACUUGCUGCUCUUGGAGUUGAAGCAGUUGUUAUUUUCAUGGGAGUUAAAUUACUUUCAAAAACGAUUGGAGAGCGUGCUGCUCUGCUGGGAGGACUCACAGUUGUACUGGCAGGCUUCCUUAUCCUGUUACCUUGGGGAAGUCAACUGCCUAAAGUACAGUGGGAAGAUUUACAUAAUAAUUCAGUUCCUAAUACUACCUUUGGGGAAACUAUUAUUGGUCUUUGGAAAUCUGCCAGCGAACGUCAGAAUGAACCACCAACUGGCUGCCCCGUUGAGCAAGCCUGGUGCCUGUAUACCCCGGUGAUCCAUCUGGCCCAGCUCCUCACCUCAGCUGGGCUGCUGGGCAUAGGCUACCCAGCCUGCAAUGUCAUGUCGUACACACUGUAUUCGAAAAUCAUAGGACCCAGACCUCAGGGUGUGUACAUGGGCUGGCUAACAGCUUCUGGAAGCGGAGCAAGGAUUCUUGGGCCUGUGUUCAUCAGCCACGUGUAUACUUACUUGGGACCACGGUGGGCAUUCAGCCUUGUGUGCGGAAUCGUGGUGCUCACCAUCACCCUCCUGGGAGUGGUAUACAAAAGACUUGUUGCCUUUUCUGUGAGGCAUGGGGGGAUUCAAGGGUAAGCCAAGAGUUGGGUGCCAGUGGCUCUCACCUAUAACCCUAGCUGCUCAGGAGGGUGAGAUCU